UCCUCAAAAUGGCUGCCGCUAUGUUUUCAUUUGGAAUCUUUGGCUAACAAAAGAACUUGACCUUUUACUGCUCAGUUAAGAGAGAUAGGGAUAUCGAGUCAACUUCUAAUAAUUUCGGCUGGAAUGUUUCCAUCACUGCAGAGAAGACCAUAUGGAUUUGAACCAAGAGCAAAACUCUACGACGUCGCAAGAGGGAGUCGGGAAUUCAUCCAAAGGUUGAAGUUGGACAGAAGACUAGAAGUUCACAGUGGAUGUGUUAAUACAAUCUGUUGGAAUGACCAGGGUCAAUAUCUCCUCUCUGGGUCAGAUGACCAGCAUCUUGUCAUCACCAACCCCUUCACACAGAGGACGGUGGUAUCUAUACGGUCAGGCCACAGAUCAAACAUUUUCAGUGCCAAAUUCCUGCCCAACUCCAGGGACCGACAUGUGGUGUCCUGCUCCGGUGUGGGGAGGGUAUUCUUUACCGAGGUCGACCGGGAGGACACAUAUGGAAAGAACCGCUUCGACUGUCACAAUGGAACCACAUACGAGGUGAUGGUGGUGCCAAACGAGGCGGCCACCUUCCUGACAUGUGGUGAAGACGGCACGGUGCGGUGGUUCGAUCUCCGCAUGAAGACAAGCUGCAGCAAGGAAAGCUGUAAAGAUGAUAUCCUCAUCAACUGUAAGCAGGCAGUUACCUCCCUUGCUGUUGACCCCGUUAUUCCGUACCACCUAGCAGUGGCUUGUUCUGACAGCUCUGUCCGAGUGUUUGACAGGAGGAUGAUGGGAACCAGAGCAUCAGGGAACUACACUGGCCGCGGUAUAACGGGGAUGAUCUGUCGAUUCAUGGCCCCACUAGAACACAAGGCAUACCGCAUCACAUCCCUGAACUACAGCCCUGCUGGUCAAGACAUCCUUGUUAGCUACUCCUCCGAGAACAUCUACCUGUUCAGCACUCAGGAUGAGAGGAGGAGACAGGAGCUGUCCAAACUGGCGUCUGCUCAGGGUGAUUCGUCAGCCUCAGGAGGCAUGUCUGAGUCCACAUCAAGUGACACAACCAGCCGCCAGCCUCCCAUCAAGAGACUGAGACUGAGGGGAGACUGGUCAGACACAGGACCCAACGCCAGGCCGGAGAGGGAGAGGAUACAGGAUGAGACUGGUCGUCAAAGUCCACAUGCCACUCUCAUGCAGAGGAUGUCUGAGAUGCUGACAAGGUGGUUGGAUGGAACAUUGAGGAACAGUGAUGACGAUCAGGCAGAAGGGGGACAGGAAGCAGGUCAAGGUCAACCAUUAGAAGGUCAAGUUCAGCCAGGAAUGUCAAGGUCACAGCAAGGUGAAGGACAGGCAGCUGAAUCAACUGUGUCAGGGGCACAAGAAAGUAGUGAUGGGGAAUCUUUGUCUGUGUCCCAGGCGGCAGAAAGUGAACGAGUAUCCUCUCAGAGUAUUUCCUCGUCAGGUCCUCUAGAAGUCAAUACUUCCUCAAGGACUAAUUCAGGUGUGGAGGGAGCCUCUGGGGGUGAGAGUGAGGACCCGGGUUCAAGAAAACCAUCUUCUAGUCAAGAAAGCUGCCCUAGUAUCCCAGAUCUCAUAGACUCUUCUAUAAAAGUGAGGCCAAAACGUUUAAACAGUGUUGAGGAGUCGAGCACAACCAGCAUGUACUCUAGUCCUAGCACUGACGAACCCAUGUCCACUCCUUCAGAGAGGUCCUCUUCCACAACAGAUACCCUUUCUUCUUCUGUCAGGUCUGGUUCUUCAGCAGGCAUUGAACCAGACAGGUCGUCAGGAGGGGCAGACGUUGAUUCUAAAAUAUUUCGGAGAAGCUCAGACUGUGAUCCGGCAUCUCUGUCUUCCAAAUCUGAAUCCAUGACAGCUGAGUUGAAGGAACAAGCAGAAGACGAACCAAACUCCCAAGCAGUGAGGAGUGAUUCCUCCAGUGUAGUUUCAGACUGUUCAAGCAAACAAACAGACCUCACAUCUCAGUCACAUGCCACUAUCAGGCAGCAAACACUAAGUGCAAUACCCACCAAUAGUCUUUCAUCGACAAGGCAAUCUGACAGUGACCACAUUUCGGGGUCUGGAGUUCCCUCAUCCGUCCAGACACUCCUUGAGCCUGUCAUAAGCCUUCAGUAUUCUAGCCAAGGAAUGGCAGCCAGUACCAUUCGUGUGGGAUUUGCCCCAUUCGAUAGGCUAAGCACUGGAGAAUCAGCCAUUACUCGACAAACAGGGGGAGAUAACUAUGGGAGCUCACCAGCCGAAUCAGGGGUUGAUAACUCUCAAGAUUCUAUAGAUGCUACAGUAUUAGAAGUUACCUCAACAAUUCGUGAUGAACUGAAAACGUCUUCAGAUGCAGAAUCCAGAAUAGAUCUUGAUGACUCUAGUUCUUCAUCUUUAAACAAACAAGUAGAAGCAAUGGAAAUCGACCCUUCCUCCCGGAAUACCAGAUCUGAUAUUACAGAAGUUUGUCAUGAGGAUGACAUCUCAAACACACAAUCUCUACUCCCGGAACUUGACCGCAGGUCCGUGGAGCGGCAACACCAGGCUGAAGCGACUGAAUCUUCAGAUGUGCCAACCGAGACUGCAGCAGAAGGGGCUUGUGCUGGGGAAGACAGAGCUGAAUCACGGCGUAAAGUUGGGAGUAAAUCUGGGUCAGAGGAUAAGGAUGAGAGCAGUGGUAACCAGGACGAUAUAGUGGACUGUGGAGGGAGUGAGGAGAUGGUCACCUACACAGAGAGUGAGAGCGGUGAGGACCGGCAGGGAUCGGACAGGGCGGAGCAUGUUGAAUCUGCAGGCAGGCAGCCAGCAGGUAGGGUUGUCAGGCAGUUGGUCGUGGUGGUUCAGCAUCUGGCCGAGGUCAGCAGAGAACCGGGUCACGGGAGGAUGACUGGCUACAUCUGGACUCCAGCAGCGAGGAGGAUGACAUCCACCCACGGCCCUUCCCCAACAGGAGCAGGGCCAGGCUGCUCAGAGACGAUGAUGAGCGCGCCAUGCAGACGGGCGAAGAGGCAGGAGGAGAAGGAGCAGCAGGAGAUGAAGCAUGUCUUCCAGCCCAAGACGAAGAUCAAGUUCCGCGGACACAGAAACGCCAGAACAAUGAUCAAGGAAGCUAACUUCUGGGGUGAGGACUUUGUGAUGAGUGGGUCGGACUGUGGACACAUAUUUGUGUGGGACCGACACACGUCGGCUCUUGUGAUGCUCCUGGAGGCAGAUCGCCAUGUUGUCAACUGCUUGCAGCCUCAUCCGUAUGAUCCAAUUCUGGCAUCAAGUGGAAUAGACUAUGAUGUGAAGGUUUGGUCUCCAAUGGAAACAGAGCCAGCGUUUGAUGAGGAAAAGGCUCAUGAGAUCCAGAGACGCAAUGAGAUCAUGCUGGAGGAGACACGAGACACCAUCACCGUUCCUGCUGCCUUCAUGCUCCGUGUUCUAGCGUCUCUUAACCAGAUCCGAGCAGGAGGAAACAGGGGAGGUAACCGCGAUGCUGCUAACAGAGAGAGUUCAAGUGACAGUGAUUAGACAAAGGAGCUGCCUCUUUUAUUAAGCACCAAGCAACACUUUAAAACAAAUAUUCCUGAUGCUCUAUUUCUUUUUUUAUCAUUUUUUUCCCAUCAGAUAUUUAUUUCUUCCUGUGAGAGCCUCUUCCAGAGUAGCAUGCCCUCUAUUUUUAUUGGAGGACAGUAUGUUGCCAAAAUCAUAUUUCAUCAUGUUCAUUCUAAUGUUGUGUAAAUAUGCUAGAGAUCUAAAAUACACAUCAGUCUGUAAGUUCAGUCAUCAACUGUUUGUCAGUUGGUUAAUAUGACAGACACAUGAUAGAAGUGACAUGCACUCAAUGGAUGAAGUAAUGGUGAAUAUUGAUAA